UUUUCCUUGUUACAGCUUCGCGGCGCCGGGGGCUAUGGAUCCCCGGGCGGUUGCGGAUGCUGUGGAGACAGGGGAGGAAGACAUAAUUACAGAAGCUCUACGGUCGUAUAACCGAGAGCAUUCCCAGAGCUUCACCUUUGAUGAUGCCCAACAGGAAGACAGGAAGAGACUCGCAAAGUUACUGGUCUCCGUCUUGGAGCAGGGCUUGCCACCCUCACAUCGCGUCAUCUGGCUGCAGACUGUCCGGAUCCUGUCCCGAGACCGCAACUGCCUGGACCCAUUCGCAAGCCGCCAGAGUCUACAUGCACUAGCCUGCUGUGCUGGCAUCUCUGCCUCUGAGGGGCUCAUCCCAGAGUCCCCAGACAUGGAUGUCAUACUCGAGUCGCUCAAGUGCCUAUGCAAUCUUGUGCUUAGCAGCCCCAUGGCACAGAUGCUAGCAGCAGAGGCCCACCUGGUGGUGAGGCUUGCAGAGCGUGUGGGGCUGUACCGAAAAAGGAGCUUUCCCCACGAUGUCCAGUUCUUUGAUCUUCGGCUCCUCUUCCUGCUAACAGCACUGCGCACCGAUGUGCGUCAGCAGCUGUUUCAGGAGCUGCAUGGUGUGCGCCUGCUGACCGACACGCUGGAGCUGACGCUGGGAGUGGCUCCGGAAGAGAACCCGCCUGAGUUUCUUCCUCCCCAAGAGACUGAGCGGGCCAUGGAGAUCCUCAAAGUGCUGUUCAAUAUCACCUUUGAUUCCAUCAAGAAGGAGGUAGAGGAGGAAGAUGCUGCCCUUUACCAGUACCUGGGAACCCUUCUGCGGCAUUGUUUGAUGGUUGCUGCUGCUGGAGACCGCACAGAGGAAUUCCAUGGGCAUGCGGUGAACCUUCUGGGGAACUUGCCCCUUAAGUGUUUGGACGUUCUCCUCACCCUGGAGCUGCACGAGGGCUCCUUGGAGUUCAUGGGAGUGAACAUGGAUGUGAUCGGUGUGCUUCUUGCUUUCCUAGAGAAGCGUCUGCACCAGACCCACAGGCUGAAGGAGAGUGUGGCUCCCGUGCUGAGUGUGCUAACGGAGUGUGCCCGCAUACACCGUCCAGCUAGGAAGUUCCUGAAGGCCCAGGUGCUGCCUCCUCUGCGGGAUGUGAGGACUCGGCCUGAGGUGGGGGACCUGCUCCGGAACAAGCUCGUUCGCCUCAUGACACACCUAGACACGGAUGUGAAGAGGGUAGCUGCUGAGUUCCUCUUUGUCCUGUGCUCUGAGAGUGUACCCCGCUUCAUCAAGUACACAGGCUACGGGAAUGCUGCUGGCCUCCUGGCUGCCAGGGGCCUCAUGGCAGGGGGCCGGCCUGAGGGCCAGUACUCAGAGGAUGAGGAUACGGACACAGAGGAGUACAAGGAAGCCAAGGCCAGCAUCAACCCAGUGACUGGGAGGGUGGAGGAGAAACCACCCAACCCUAUGGAGGGCAUGACAGAGGAGCAGAAGGAGCAUGAGGCCAUGAAGCUGGUGAACAUGUUUGACAAGCUCUCCAGGCACAGAGUCAUCCAGCCCAUGGGCAUGAGCCCCCGGGGUCACCUCACAUCUCUGCAGGAUGCAAUGUGUGAGACCAUGGAGGGGCAGCUCUCCUCAGACCCCGACUCAGAUCCCGACUGAGGGUAGUACUUUGCUCCUUCCAGAACUGGUGCUGCUCCCGGAGACAACCGUGGUGCGGUCUAGGGAUACCCACACACCCCUUUAGCUGGGAACCCUUACUCUCUGCUCCCCAAGUUUUCUGAUUUUGGUCCAAUUUCUUACCUUUAGGACUGUGGUGGUGUUGUCCUGCUAUUAUCAGGAAACUCAGCCUUAACUUACACACACGAAGUCGUUUCUGUGCUGUGUGCCAAGAGUGCAAAGGCCACUGGGAGGGCAGGGCUACCUGGGAUAGGGUUAGGGAGUCGGGGGGAAGGUGGGGCUGAGCAGAGCACACAGUGCCUCUGGGGUUGGCCUGCGGUGUGUGAGGCAUUUGCUGCAUUUCACAGGGGAAGGAAUCCACUGGAAGUGUAACUUCAGAAACACAAUGAGCACCAAAGCAUGCACUGUUUCUAUCUCUCCCUUCCCCCAUUUCCCCUCACCCCCCUUCUGUUCCCCAGCACAGGGCUGGUGGCCUCUUAAUAUGUAAGUUUUCCUUCUCCUGGGCUCAGCCACCCACUGCCGUCUCCACUGGUUGUGAUGACUGGAUCAAACCUACCCACUAGCUUAGCCUAUAAACACUCACACAAAGGAAAAUGCCCUCGUGAAAGCAUAAAUUGAAAUCUCGGAACUUCUGACAGCCACAGAAAUAUUCCAGAAUAAAGAGUAGUUUGGGACAGGACUGUGUGUGUGAAUAACUGUGUAGAAUACUCAAGUAAGGGGACAUUAAGUAGAAAUAGAAACUAAUUUUGUUCUUUUCAGGAUCCAACACUUUCCCUAGAUUGCCAUGUCUUUUGUUAGCACUGAGGAGCAAGGUCACAGGACCUCCUUCCAUGGGUUCUGUCAGUUAAAUCUGACCCCAUCAGUCCUAGUCCAGGGCAGGUGCAGCUCAGAAACAGGAAGUGCCAGUGCCUGGGAAAUAGCUCUCACGGUGCCAGUGCCAGAAAGGAGUGUGCACGUGUGGGUAGGAGCCAAGGAUGGAGUGCUAACACCCAGAGGGCUUAGUUACCAAAGCUGCACCUGGGCUGCCCCAAGUGUACACAUUAGGAAGCCCAGCCUGGGCUCUGCACAAGCACAGGUAGGGGUGGGGGGUCUGACAGGUAACCCAGAGCUAACAAGAUUUUGAAG